CUGUGGGACAGAGGAACCAACUGGCAGCGUCGCUGGCGCUCGUUCUACGGGGGCAGGAUUGUCUUGAAAAUCUUCACUGAAAGCCUUGCUGGCAGGCAACAAUGGCAAGUAAGGGGCCCUCGGCCUCCGCAUCCACUGAGAAUUCCAGUGCAGGGGGCCCGAGUGGCAGCAGCAAUGGCACUGGUGAGAGUGGAGGGCAGGACAGCACCUUUGAGUGCAACAUAUGCCUGGACACAGCCAAGGACGCUGUCAUCAGCCUAUGUGGCCACCUCUUCUGUUGGCCGUGUUUACAUCAGUGGUUGGAGACCAGACCUAACAGACAAGUAUGUCCAGUUUGUAAAGCUGGCAUCAGCCGGGACAAGGUCAUCCCACUCUAUGGCAGAGGCAGCACCGGGCAGCAGGAUCCCAGAGAGAAGACUCCUCCUCGUCCUCAAGGCCAGAGGCCAGAGCCGGAAAACAGAGGGGGAUUUCAAGGAUUUGGAUUUGGAGAUGGUGGCUUCCAAAUGUCUUUUGGAAUUGGAGCAUUUCCAUUUGGGAUAUUUGCCACAGCAUUUAACAUAAAUGACGGACGGCCUCCUCCAGCUGUCCCUGGGACACCCCAGUACGUGGAUGAACAGUUCCUGUCACGUCUCUUCCUGUUUGUAGCCCUGGUGAUCAUGUUCUGGCUCCUGAUCGCCUAAUACAGGAUCCUGUUCGCGUCUACAGCAGCACCUCUGGACUGGUGAUAUGCCACACCCACUCCUGUGUUUGAUUUGUUUAAUCUUGACCCCUGGGAUCAAGGGUCAGAAACACACCAAGGAGUCUUACUUCUCCAUCAGAGCUU